AUGCUGUGUUCUGUUUGCUCUGACGACAUACACCAAGGCGAUGAAAUAAAAUGUGUUAAAUGUUAUGAGUUUCUACAUUUUAACUGUUCCGGUCUUCGUGAAGCAAACUUUAGAAAAAUGUCGAAAUCUUUGAAGGAAAAAUGGUCUUGUUCUAAUUGCAAGGUGAAGAAAGUUGCAACUGCACCUGUAUUAACUCAACCAAUCACCGAUGAGACAUUAAAAAAUGUCGUCGAUGCUGUGAACUUUAUGAGUUCGCAGUUUGACGAUUUUAGUCUUAAGUUAAAACAAUUGAUCUCAACCGUAAACGAUCUAAAAAAUGAAAAUAUAAGAAUCGUGGAAGAAAAUGCAUUUCUAAAGAAAGAAAUGGUAGCAGUAUCCGGGCGUUUGAACAAAUUGGAGCAAAAAUCGUUGGAGUGCCAUAUGGAAAUUGUAGGUGUACCCGAGAUUGAUAACGAAAUUUGUAUGAAUACUAUAAAAAAAAUUGUAACUAAGUUGGGUUCUGAUGUUACAAUCAAAAAGGUGUUCAGGAUACCUUCUAAAUUUAGUGAUAAACCUAGAAAAUUAUCCGUAUGCUUUAAUUCGGUGAAUGAAAAAAAUAACUUUAUGGAAAUAGCGAAAAAACAGAAACUAGCAGUGAAAGAUGUGGACUCGACAUGGAUUGUCGCGGCAAUAUACUUUAACGAUCAAAUGACUUAUACGUUUAGAAAUUUAUUUUUCAAAACAAAAACGGCAGCGAAACAGGUUGGUUACAAAUAUAUUUGA